UCGUCAACUAAUGCAAACUCUUGCGAGUUAGUGGUCACUGUGUGUUGGUGAGAGAAGAAGAAGCUGGGAAGUGGGAACUCUACUGUUUUUUAUUUCGCCGUGAGUGGGGAAAAUAAAAGAGAUUCGUGAAGUGAGGAAGAGGAAGAGGAAGAAAGAAGAUGGAGUGCGUAUUUGGCUUGGUGGGUAACGGGUUCGCGAUCGUGGUGGCGGACACGUCGGCGGUUCACAGCAUCCUUGUACACAAGUCCAACGAAGACAAGAUCAUGGUCCUCGACUCCCACAAACUCAUCGCCGCCAGCGGUGAGCCGGGUGACAGGGUUCAGUUCACCGAGUACAUACAGAAGAACGUGGCUCUCUACCAGUUCCGUAAUGGGAUCCAACCCCUACUUUGUGAACGUUCUUCUUGCUGGUUAUGACAAGGAGACAGGCCCUUCACUUUACUACAUUGACUACAUUGCGACAAUGCACAAGGUUGACAAGGGAGCUUUUGGUUAUGGCUCGUACUUUUCGUUGUCAAUGAUGGACAGACACUACCACAGUGGAAUGUCAGUGGAAGAAGCAAUUGAUCUGGUAGAUAAAUGCAUUAUGGAAAUCAGGUCGAGGUUGGUUGUGGCACCACCAAACUUUGUUAUCAAAAUUGUUGACAAGGAUGGAGCUAGACAGUAUGCAUGGCGUGAAUCAGUGAAGGAUGCUCCAGUUCCCUCAGCUUGAGUUACUAUUAUUUCGUUCUCUUGUUGGACCUAAUUCCCAUUUACUCUAGUUUAUUUUCUCUAUACUCUUCUUCUUGUCAUUUUAUCUGAACCUGAAUGUUCAUUUAGAUAAAUUUCAAACUCUUGGCCUCUGAAUUCUUAAAGGGGAACAAAUUGUCUUUUGAAUUACAGCUUGUGCCUUUUGCCCCGUUAAAUUGAAUUUAGAUUGAUAUAUA